AAAAAUCACAACACCAAUCCGAUUGGUCUUCCCUUUUCUCUCACAAUUUACAAAACCUCUCGUUUCCCCAAACUCGCCUUCGCUUUCCCGUGGAAUCAACUCGGUCGCUUACUCACUCAGUCCUAUGUGUUUGUGGUUGAGGGGAAUGAAGAAGGGAAGUGUGAGGAGAGUGGGGUUGAGAAUAGUAGCUCGUCUUUGUCUUCUCCGAACCAGAUUGCCGAUCCUGUUGUCUACAAGCUUGUUCGGCAGGUUGAAGGUGAUGGGAGAUUAGUGCCAGCAACAGAUGAUGAAGUAAUGGAGGUUGAAGAUCUUAUUGUUGAUGAGCAGAUUGAAUUGCCUGUUGUUAUGAACACUGGAACUGCUGAGUGCAUUUCUAACGAGUCUACAUCUGGGAAGCCUCAGAAAGAAAGCUCAGAAGGUCCGUCAGCUUCGAAGGGCACAGAAGCUGAUGCAAAAUUAAGUGCACAUCUUGAGGAGAUUGCUCCUGCAUCAUCACUGAGCAUAGAUGCCAACCACAUUAAUGAAGCUGGGACAAAAGGGGAGUGCUCAAAACAUCCAGAUGGACCCAUAGAAAGCGUAUCAUUAGCUUCUGCCGUCUGCACUAGUUCAAAGCUUGAUUUUUAUGAAUCAAACAGUGAGAUAUGCUUAGACAACCUAUCAAUAAGAGAACUUCAUGACUUAUUUAGAGCCACAUUUGGGCGAGAAACUUCUGUCAAGGACAAACUCUGGCUUAAAAGGAGAAUCACAAUGGGAUUGACUAAUUCUUGUGAUGUUUCAACCACAACUUUCACUAUAAGAAAUAACAAAUUGGUGAAGAAGGGAGAAGAGAAUAGCUUGCGGAAUGCUAAUGAUAUGCACAUUCAGGGUUCUGAUGGUGGAGCAAAGAAUCUUGAGUAUGAAAAUUCACCAGCAAGCCACAGUUGCCCUUUAGAAAAUCAUCAAGUUGUUUCAGCCAAGAGAUCUGGAAGCCUUAGUGAAGAAGAAUAUGUCAGUGAGGAUCAUAUGAUGGAUCAGAGAGCUGCCAAGAGAGUUCGGAAGCCCACUAAGCGAUAUAUUGAAGAACUUUCAGAAGGGGACUCAAGAGAUCAUAGCCCAAAAGUGAUUAGUUCUGCUAAAACUUCUGGACAAGAAGAAACAUGUCCAACAUAUUCUGCGAGGCCUCUUAGAAAUGUCUCUUCAAAUGAGAGGACUAUUGUCACCAGGUUGGAUUCUCUUGGUGGAUCUGGGGUUCAGGUACCUUAUGUUUCUCGGGUUCGAAGAAGCCGUCCGAGGAAAAAUAUUAUGGCUCUUAUGAACUUCAAUCAAAGUGGAAUGGGUGUGACUGCUAAACUGGUAAAAGAGACCCUUUCUGUGUCUACUUCUCUUCCAGAGAGUGAAUGUGCAGACAAAGUUUUGAAAGCCAGAUCUGCGUCUGAACAGAUUAAGCCCCUGUUUGCUGCUGAACCAGAGAAAGACAAGCGGCAGUCUGUAAUGGGCACAUUUGAACAUGGGAAAAACUUGGGGGGCUUGAAACAGACAGAUUCAUCUGAGGACUUCUCAGAUGAUAGUAUAGCUGCAGUUCCCACAGUAAAAGGUGGGAUGAGAAGGAAACAUCAUCGAGCUUGGACUCUUGUUGAAGUUAUGAAAUUAGUUGAGGGUGUCUCUAAGUGUGGCACUGGCAGAUGGUCUGAGAUCAAAAGGCUUUCAUUUGCAACGUUUUCAUAUCGUACUUCUGUUGAUCUUAAGGACAAGUGGAGGAACCUGCUGAAAGCUAGUUUUGCACAAACACCUCCUGAUGAUGGGUCACGGAAACAUGUGGCAGUGCCUAUCCCAGCAUCAAUUUUGUUAAAAGUAAGAGAGCUUGCUGAGAUGCACGCGCAGGUACCUCCAAAUCUAGGGGCGAGCAAGCUGGCUGCCAGUGUUACUCGAAGUGUGCAUCAAACAAGAUCAGGCUACUUGUAACAUUGUAUAUAAAUAUAGUUACGCGAGUUGAACUGAGAUGUAACCCACUUAAUCUGCUCCAUUGCCAUAUUUGCUUGGUAACACUUAACAGGCUUGAUGCUGGUUAUGGAUUGCAGCCUGUAGGCUUCAAAAAGUUAAAUACAAUUUGUCUGA